AUGCUAAAGCUAGUGUGUUGUAUUGCUUUGUUCUUCGUUCACUUCCAUCAUGCUUCCACAUUGGGAUUGUCUAACAUCAAUUUCGACACCGAUAUCACUUUCAUUAUCUACGAUUGGAAUAACAGCAACUUUACGCAACACGCUACCACCGAGACCAACUUCGAUGCCUACGGCUGUACACCUGCGGACCCGUUCGUGGUAAUGGUGCACGGUUGGUUGAACAAUUGUAGCCGGGUUCCGCACGAACGUGCGACGCUCAACAACUUCGUCAUCCACCGGAAGGGCUGCGUGCUGUGUAUGAACUACUUCGCCAUCAUCGACAACACCGACUACUUGACUGCGGUGACGCUCGUGGACGCGAUCGCUCGCACGCUCGAGAAGAAGUUGCGCCAACUGAUCGCGUUCGGGAUGAAUCCGCUCCAAGGGAUGCUGUACGGGUACAGCCUGGGAGCUCAGAUAGCGUUUCAGGCAGGGCGUAAUAUGGCCCCCCAGAAGCUGGGCAGGAUCGAUGCAUGUGAUCCGGUUGGAAUAGGGUUCGACACGAACAUCACACAUAGUUUGUUGAGUGUGAUGGACGCCGCUGUCGAGGUGCAGUGCAUCCACACGAGCAGUAAUAUUGGCACAUUGCGGCGUGUUUGCCACAAAGACUGGCUUAUGGGAUUCUGUGGAUUGCUGCAGUUUGGCUGGAAGAGUUCGCACGGCAUGUGCCCGGACUACUACAACGCGGCGUUUAUGUACGAUUUUCCGGCCACGAUCAGUCCAGUACUCUGUGCCACGACACGUGCCGCGUUAUUGUGGCCACCUGGCUUCAAGAUGGGUUACUUCAUGCCGCAAGGAAUGUAA